CACUCCUAAUAUGCUGAGCGCCAAGCAGGAGUAGCAACUACCAUUUUAAAGACUCUCAGGGGUGAACGCUCAACUAAACGCCAUAAGUGAGGCAUUGUCAACGGAGACAUGAGUAAGAAGAAAGUUGGAAAGAAAGAAGAGAAAAGAUAAGAUCCAAAAUUUAGUCGCCUCUUACGAUCAUGCAAUGGGGCAGUAGGUACAAUUCUUACGCCCUACCUGCAGGGCAGAAGGAAAGAGCGAAAGAAGGAGAGUAAAGAGGCAGGGAAAGAGCAUAAGCAUGAGAGGACCGAGAACAGCGACAGGCAAUCUAGCGAGGGAUGGAACGACCACGAAGAAAGCGCGGACGAGUGGAAGCCGUCGAAGGAGGAACGACAGAAGUACGUACAGGAGCGGCGGGAGGAGGAAGUGGAGAGUGAGGAAUCAGAACCCGAGAUGAAUUGUAUGUAAAACUGUUAAAUUUACCUUUCAGUCAUUCUUAUAACAGAAGCAAAUGUUCAUUUUAUCAAUUUUCCAUUUUUGUAUUAAUCAAAUAUAUGAUGCAGUACUUAUUUCUUGUAGGGUUUAAUGAGUGGAACGAAGAAGACGGUCAGAUGGAGGUCCAGGUCAUCAGAGAUCGUCCGGCAGAGGGCGAGCGGCAAAGGCCCAAGUGCGAGUGCCCGAUGCCGGACUGCGACAAGGUGUUGGAGAAUAUUCCCCGGCACCUUCGUCAGUUCCACAAGAUGACCGCGGUCGAGGCAGCCAACCAGGUAUCCCUCCAGGGGUACCUGAGGACUGGAAGGUUGACAACAAAGCUAUCUUGUGCAGCUCCUCGAACACGAGACUGGAUCUCCAUCUGACAAGGAUCCAUCAGUGACCUUUAUUUUUAACAUCAUUUGUAGUCGACACAGCCGAAACCGGAUCACCGGUCGACGACAGUCAACCAGCACUGCAGCGGCUCACGAGAACGGGAUCCGGACCAUGCU